CUUGUUAUGGCAUAGCCUUUGAGAACUAAGAGUCACUGCCAUGACAUAAUGAAGUAGAACUUUUGUGGAGGCUUCUAAGCUCUCAUCACUACUUAUUAAAAGCAAAAGCCUAUAAUAACACUUUCUUUUAAGAAAUUAUUUGAGGGGUCAAAGAUGUAGAGAUAACUUGUAGUUCAAGUCUCUUGCUUCUGGAGAGAAGGAAGCCUGAGCUCAUUUCUGCUCAAGAAGAUCAUAGAGUGAAAGGGGACCUCAGAAGAGUGGCAUAAGUUACAAAUAAAGAAGAUGAAUAAGCUGUUCAAAAACAUGUUUGUUCAGUUGUUGAGAUUGGGAAUGGUGAAUGAAGACCAGUUAACUGAACAAGCCCUGGAUCAGUUUAUUAAUUGCCCCAGACAGACAUAUGAAGAAUUUGUGAACAGUUUCACUCAUUUUUCAGAAGAUCAUGAAGUAAUUAAGAGCCAAACACUUGGAAGGGACUCUUCCAGAAACAUCUUUGCCAGUGUAGUGUCUCCUCAUGGUCAGCACAUCAGGAAUAAGGACCUCUCUCUCAGUUUUGCAUCACAACCUCAAGAGGAAGAGCAGAUCAUGAUUGAUGAAGGCCAAAAAGUUGGUAUUUCCAUUAAAGACGACCUAAAUCAGACAAAAAAGGUAAAGAUAGACAAUUUCCUAGAUCUGGAAGAUUUUGACAUGAAUGAAGAAACUGACUACAAGUUGAUCCCAGAGUUGCUAUUGCUUCCAGGAGAGGUAGAAGAAGCAUUUUUCUCUGCCUCAGGCUAUAUGCCUUCUUUUAACCAGCGUUCUCACCCUGAACCAAAAGCCUGGCCAACAGAACAACCCACAUACAGGCAUGUAAAGGAGGUACCUGAGAAUGAAGUUCAGCCUUUCUCACUUGAUGAAGAAUUUGACUAUGAUAAUGUGAUGCUAACUCCCAAGUUCUCUAAUGAAGAGAUGAAAAUUCUAGAAAUGUACAGCCAAAGUAGACUGAAUCCUGACAUGAAAGCCAAAGAACUAAGUACCUAAUUUUUAA